GCAGAGGGCAGUGGAAGGAAAGCGGAGCCUAUUUAACCACCGAACUGCACCGAGUGUUAAAUAUAGCAGUAAUCCGGACUUUAUAUCAGCACAAUGUCAGUUUUAUGAAGAAGUUUUGGUCCUCAACACAUCAACCUCCUCCAGCCGUUAGCUGUCCAGCGGCUAAUACUAAUUGUAAUGGGUUGGUCCAAAAGUUUCAAAAAACUUUAUCUUGGAUUAAGAGUAAAGAACAACCCAAACAUAAAAGAAGAGGACAGUCAACAUCCAGGCCAUAAAGAAGACAGCAGGUGUUUGUGAGCAUAAACUUUAUCAGGCAACACCCCAAACACACUGGUUCCUUGUGUGACAUCAUGUGAAAACCAAAGGAAACCACCCAGGUUAGCGGACAGAGAAACGUGAACCUUGCAGAACUGCUUUGACCUCUGACCUCCCUCUGUCUGCAUCAAAUAUCCAGAUGAAGGAACGUGUAGCAUGAAGGGUAACAAAUACACUUCCAUGGCAACAUGUCAAAGCACCUUCAGAGACUGGUUUCUGCAGCGAGAAGUCUGAAUGUUGUUCUGAGCUAAGAGACAGCUCAUCAAGGUGUGUGACUGGCUGCUGGGCAGGAACAGAGGCACCUGAAGAAACCAGGACCGGACUCCUAUGCUGUAGAAUCUGCCUGCAGGUAAAAACCAGAGAGAUAAUUUUUAAAAACACCAUCUUGGAGAACCCAUCAAAGAUCUGAUAUUUGACCUGCGUACCAAGAGAUUGAAGCCAAGGAGGCCUGUGACUGGCUGCGAGCCGCUGGCUUCCCUCAAUAUGUGCAGUUAUUUAAAGACGGCAGGUUCCCCAUCGACACUGAGGCGGCAAAAGAGGAUCACAGCUUCCUGGAUAAAGAUUCUCUCGACUCACUGUGCAGGCGAUUGAUGACCUUAAAUAAGUGCAUGGAAAUGAGGCUGGAGCUUUGGAGAUCCAAACGCAGGGGAGAUGACUGGGAAGAGGAAGACUAUUGCGCCAUCAGCCCAAACUGGACCUAUGACAAGCGGACCAAACUGUGGCGACGCAUCAACUCCACUGAAGAGACACCAGGGCCACAGGAUGCGUCGCUAUGUGAUGACCAUCAGGACGUCUGCUCCAUCCAGAGCUCCAGCAGUACAGACAGCGACCGUCAUGAUGGUCACAGAGAUUUGGUCUCCACCUCCACAGCUGUCACCACAGAAGAACCGGAGACUAGCCGGAGCUCCUCCCGCUGCUCCUCCACAAACAGAACCCCGUCUCUGGACACGUCUUUCAGCAGACCCCCUUCCCCCACCGGAGGAUCGUCCACUGCAAGUUUGGAAGCAGAUGUGUGUUUUCCAGAAAAACCACCAAGAAAGAAGUGCACCACUCUGCUGAGGAAGAUGGAGAAGCUGAGGUUGAGGGGGGCAGCCGGCGGCCACAGUGGGACCCGCCGUGACACCAAUGGCCCGGUCCUGGUCCGACACAAGGAAAGGAUAUACAGGCAGCUUCACCCGUCAAAUCUGCAGGUUCAGCCCUACAGCCACUCGUCUUCAUCACCCUCAUCUUCUCAUACCAUAAGCAGUGGCAGCAGUAGCACCAGCCAAUCAGAGAACAGCAGCACUGUCAGCACACCCAGCCCGGUCACCCGGGUCAAAAGUAACUGCAAACGGUCCAACAGUGGGGUCGGGAUGCAAAGCAGGACGAGCCAGAACAACCUGAACCAGACAGAUACAGAGGUCUUCAGGAAACAGGUCAACAACAACAACAGCAGCAGCAGCCAUGAGAGCCUGGUCUUCCAAGUCCCCCACGGACACAAACCGGGGACCUUCCCUACCUCCCUUGCCCACAAACACUUACUCUCCCCGAUCAUUGACAACACCUCCGUCAACUGGAGGACCGGCAGCUUCCACGGCUACAGGGGGCGGCACAGGAACAGACCGGGCGCGUCCUCUCUGGUCGGUGGAGACCAAAGUCCAGUGUCCUCCUCGGCGCGAAUCGAUGCGCUGGAUCACCGGCUGAGCGUCUACGACAACGUGCCUGACGACGUGCAGCUCUCUGAGGGUGAAGAUGGUGGAAGCGGAAGUGAUGCGGAGCGGAUCAGUGAGGAAUCAGAGGUGAGUCCACUGAUGGCAGAUGAAGAUGUUUUCUCUGCCCUUGACGGCGUUCUGGAGCGAAUCAAUGACCUCCAACAGCUUGUCGUCUCCUGGUCUGAAAACAUUUCAGAGGACGAUUGUCAGAGAGGCUCCUCCUCUUCCUCGCACAACUCCCCAGCCCCCGGAUCCUCUGGCCCUUCUCCCUGCUCCUCUUACCCCAGCCACAUCCACCUGGACGUGCAGCAUCCUGAGGAGGAGGAGGACUGCUCCGAGAAGGUAACUGAAGAGUCGAAGAUCAGCGAAUCACCGCAACCCAGGAGGAGGGUGAACCGGCAGCUCUGCUGGUCCAGCAGGCAGGACUUAACCUUUUUGACCUCCAGUCCGGGUCUGGAGAGCCAGUCGGCUUCCCAGAUCCUCCGGCUGCAGAAACUGUCUCUCCUCAAACUCACAGCACUGAUGGACAAAUACUCCCCGUCCAGCAAGCAGGGCUGGAGCUGGACUGUUCCUAAAACUCUGAACAAGACCAAGACGACAGCAGAGGUGAAAGGACGACAGGUGUUUGGGGUUCCUCUGCUCGUCAGCGUCCAGCAGACGGGAGAACCACUUCCUCCCUGCAUUCUCCGAGCACUAGUGUACCUGAGGACUGAGUGUUUGGAUCAGUUGGGUCUUUUCCGGAAGCCAGGGUUGAAAUCUCGGAUCCAGCACCUCCGUGAGAUGGUGGAGUUGGACCCAGACGGAUUUAUGUACGAGGGUCAGUCGGCCUUUGACGUGGCCGACAUGGUGAAGCAGUACUUCAGAGACCUGCCCGAACCCCUCUUCACCAGCAAACUCUGCGAGACCUUCCUCCACAUUUACCAAUACUUCCCGAAGGAUCAACAGCUGCUAGCGGCUCAGGCAGCCAUAUUGCUCCUUCCUGAUGAGAACAGGGAGGCUCUGCGGACGCUGCUGUUCUUCCUGCGAGACGUUGUGUCCUGUGUGGACCAGAAUCAGAUGACCCCCACCAACGUCGCUGUCUGCCUGGCUCCGUCUCUGUUCCACCUCAACACCAUAAAGAGGGAGUCCAAUGCAGCCAGUAGAUCCGGCCACAGGAAGUACAGUCUGGGUCGUCCGGACCAGCGGGACCUCAGUGAGAACCUUGCUGCCACUCAGGGGCUGGCCGUCAUGAUCACUGAAGCCCAGAGACUUUUCCAGCUUCCAGAGUUCUGGCCUGGGCAGAGUUUCAUAGAAGAUUCCUCUGAAGGAGGUGAUGAGGAGCUGGAGGAAAGAAGAAACGGGCUGCAGCUGAGAACCCAGCAGCUCCUAAGCGACGCUCGAGACAGGAGUGGAUGCUGGGAGAAUCAUUGGGCUCCAGAGAACGUGGAGCUGGCCUUCAAGAAGAUGAGUGACGGCUGCCCGCUGUGGAUGUGGCGAGGCUCCGUGGAAGUGGACGCUCCCCAGCAGGAUCUGCUCCACCGGCUGCUGAGGGACCAGCAGCUGUGGGAGGCUAAUCUGCGUCAGGCUGAUGUCAUCCAGACUCUUUCCAAGGACACGGAGGUGUACCGUUACACCCUCCAGUGCCAGGCCCACGAUCUGGGCUCGCAGCCCCCACAGGAGAACCUGCUGCUCAGAACCUGGCAGGCAGAUCCGUCCUGUGGGCCUCUGUACCUGUCCUCCACGUCCACAGAGAUGCCUGAAGUCCAGGUGGAGGGAGUCAGACCCCAGGUCCACUGCUGCCUUUACCUGCUGGAACCCACAGGGACCAUCAAAACCCGACUGACUCACCUCUGUCGAACAGACCCCAGGGGACGGUCUCCAGAAUGGCACAGCAAAGUCAGCGGACACCUCCUGGCCUCGGGUCUGUUGGCGAUCAGAGGCUCCUUCAGAGCGGACUAUAAGGAAACUAAAAUCUGAGUCUUCUACAGAAUCAAGUAAUGAAGUUCCUCUGAAAUGUUUUGAACGUUUAUGAAACCACUUCCUGGAGGCAAAAGAAGAAGCAGGGGAAAUACCUCAGCUGCAUGGAAAAAAACAGGAAACAGACGUUUGGCUGCAAGGGAAUUGAACCACCAACCGCUACAAUCAUCAUAACCAGCAGAGGAAUUCCAAGUAUUCUGCUGAUCUGCUCAGGAGAUGGUAGGAUCACAAAGACUUGUUUCAAGCUCAGCGUAGAGCUGCUGCUCUGCUCCUCCACAUCAAAAGAUGGUCCUUUCCUGGAUCUUCAUGAUCUAACUAAGAUGAGCAAACCAUGGAUGGUUAGAUCAGUUAUGUUUGGGCCUCUGGGUAUUGAUGUACUAAGAUGUUUCCAAACGAGGUGGAUCUGUUUCUGCAUGGUGGUGUUCAUUUUAUUCCAACUACUCUGAUUAUUUAACUUAAAUCCAGAUGCUUUUAUUUAACUGCGAGGUCUAAAUUCAUGAGUGCCAAACGGCUAAUUAAAAUGUUUUUCUCUCUGAA